ACAGAAAAGAAGAAAAAGUCACUUUUCCACAUUCUUAUCGUUAAAGUCAUCUCUCUCACUAACAAAAAUCUCAGAAGACAUGCCUUGAAUCUUCCUCUUCUCUUUUCUUAAGGCAUUAAUUCAGAAUUCAAAUUUUUUUUGAAGGCAUGUAAUUCUGAAUUCAUUUGUCGGAAGACUUUUCAUUGAUCCAAGAGUCGUCUUUGAAUUCUGAAUUCAUUUCUCAGAACCCAAUCAUCAUGUCGAUCAAGAGUGUUUCUCUCCUAGUGGUUAUCUUAUGCAUUGCAGCCUCCGCUAAUGCUCAGCUACCGCAGUUCCCCCCGUUCCCGUUUCCAUUUCCAAAUCCAUUUAAUCCGAAUCCCGGUAUGCCCGGAAUGCCAGGAAUGCCAGACAUAACCAAAUGCUGGUCGUCAUUUAUGGAUUGGCCAGGAUGCUUUGCAGAGAUCAGACAAGCCGUAAUGACCCACAACUUUGGCAGCAUAGGUCCAGCUUGUUGUAACGCUUUUCUAGACCAUGAAGCUAACUGCAACCCGUUUUUCCCACCUAUGCUAAAACAACUAUGCGUCAAAAGUGCUGGUCCUCCAACCACCGCACCCUAGGAUAUUGCAACAAGUAGUUUGUUAUGUGAAACAUUGUUAUUUUCAAAAUUUGUGUUAGUCGCAUAAUAAAUGUUUUAGAAAAGCACGAAGACGACACAGUGAUUUUAUAAUAAAAAUGUCAUCCUUUUUAUAUUUUAGUCAUUUAUAAAAUCUUUGAAGCAUUUCAUC